CCCAAGCAGGUGCAAUUGCCGCAAGACUUGAGUUGAAAGGUGAAUCAGGAGAAGGAGAAAUCGUAUUAAACGAGAGAACGGGUGAUAGAAAUCAGUCGAAUGAGCAUCUCCGAAACGGCAACAACUGCAGCGCACUAUUUGUCACCAACUGGAUUGUUCAUUGUAUAACCAGUUCGCAAUUAUGGUUAACUAUAGCAUCGUGCUACUGUUGGGCGUUGUAUCGUUGAUGGCUGGGUCGACCAAUGGUGUACCGAUGUUUCCUUGGUAUGGCGGAUAUCAAACCAAAACGCCGCCGCCUUACUACGCAACAACCAGUUACUACACCGAGGCCCCUAAGUACUGCACCACUAAGGCACGGGAGUUUUAUACCACAACUUGCGCUGCCCCGAGCUACUACACCGACUCCCCAAAGUAUUACUCUGCCCUGAGUUACUACACCACCAAGGCACCGGAGUACUACAUGACUACGUAUGCUGCCCCAUCCUACUACGCUAGUGCUCCUAAGUACCAGCUACUACAUCGAGGCUCCAGCUUAUUACUUCACCAAAACGGUCGAAUACUACACCGAAGCGCAAAAGUACUACUCUGCCCCGAUCUACACAACCGAAAUUGAGGCGGCCAAGUAUUACGAACCCCGACUUACUACACAGAAGCUGCUCCUUCCUACUACGUUGAACCGGAAUACUACACUGAUGCUCCAGUUUACUACACCACAAACUACGCUACACCUAGCUACAACACCGAAGAAGCCGCCUAUUACACAACCACGUACGCUGCCCAGUUUACUACACCGAGGAACAUCAGUAUUACUCUGCUCAAAGCUACUACUAAACUAAGGCUUAUGAGAACUACACCAUCAAGGCUCUUGAGUAUUACACCGCUACUUACGCUGCUCCGACCACCGAAGUUCCAAAGUAUUCCUCUGCCCCGAGUUACUACACUACUAAGGCAUCGAUAUAUUACACCACAACCUACGCUUCAGCUGACUACAGGAGUACUUCUAAAUACUAGAGCUGAAUUUUAAUACUGUUAUUUGUGUUCCGAAGAUUUGUCGGUUAUUUUGUAAUAGUUACU